UGCAUGGCCUGUAACCCCUCUUUGUACUGAAACUAUCGACAAUCAGUAUGUGACCAAAUUUGGCCACAUUCAAGAGAUGAUUUUCGGGGAAAUACGCAUGGGGGAAAAUCAGUCUGAAUCACCAUCAAAGUACUCAGUGCAAUGGGGAAGUCGAGAGAUUUUUGUUUAGAGUGACGCACCGUUUCGUCCCGGCUCCCUGCUCUGCGUAGCAGUAGCAGACAACAAGAAAAACCCCUGUGCUGAAGUUUAGGGGAGGGCACCAAGAUGAUCGCCAGCGCCGCCGAGAGGAACAAGCAGCCCAUCCUGCAGGCCCUGAAGCAGCACCUGCGGCCCGCGGCGACCGCCACCGGGUCCAGCCUGGUGCUGGAGGUGUCGUCGGGCACGGGGCAGCACGUGGCGUGCGCCGCGCCGCACUUCCCCGACCUCACCUUCCAGCCCUCCGAGUUCGACGAGGACAUGUUCGACAGCAUCAGGACCCACGUCAAGGCGGGAGGCUUGACCAACGUCAGGGAGCCCUUGAAAGUGGACGCGUCGGCGCCCUUCUCGCAGUGGGCAGGCGGCAAUCUCAAGGCCGGCUGUCUGGCCGCCAUCAUCAACAUCAACAUGAUCCACAUCUCCAGUAACAAAGCCGUGGAAGGCCUGUUCACGGCGGCGGGCGCGCUCCUCGGCCCCGGCGGCCGUCUCCUGACCUACGGCCCCUACGCCAACGACGGCCUCAUCACCCCGGAGUCCAACGUGCAGUUCGACAGGACGCUCCGCUCCCGCAACCCGGAGUGGGGGCUGCGCGACAUCAGCCGCGACCUGGCGCCGCUGGCGGCCCGGAGCGGCCUCAGCCUCGCGCACACCGAGGACAUGCCGGCCAACAACAAGUUCCUCGUGUGGCAGAAGGCGGCGUGAGCCGCUGCCUCAUGCCUGCCUGUGCAUUCCCGGGCUGUAUUGCCCCGCGUGGAACACUGGGACACGCGGGGCCGAUCUCAAAGUGGCUCAAACCUCAUUUUAUUAUUUUUGUACUGUUCUACAAUGUUCUGAUUUGUCGCGAUGAUGCUUCUAUGAAAUUUAUGACCUCGUAAAAUAAAUAAUUUAAUCGAG